AUGGUAAUGAAAAAAUUUAGUGAACCAUCUUCUCCAAAUCCAAAUGAUGAAAUUGGUAAUAAUCAUAAUGAUAAUUAUAUAGGCAUAGAAAAUAAUGAAGAUAUCAUAGAUUCAACAGUUAUACCUAUUGGUUAUGCUCUACUAGGUAGUGAAAUUGUACAUAUGGCAGAUGAUAACAUUGAUGAUAAUAAUGAUAGUGAGAUAAAUGAUUUGUCAGAUAGUGAAAAUGAUGAAAUUGAAAAUAACAAUGUAAUCAGUCAGCAUUUAUCAAAUUUUCAAUCAAUUGGAUUUAAUAAUUAUAAUGGUGAUAAUAAUAAUAAUAAUGAUCAUAAUAGUGAUCCAGUCAAUUUACAAGUUGAUGUAGAUAAUCUUCUGAAUCGUCACUUGAGUCGAACUGAAUUUGAACCACGUGGAGCAUUUACAGCUUCCAAUUUGUGUACUAAUACGAUUGAUGAUUCAUCUCAUAUAGAAUUAUGGAAUCAGAAUACACCGGCAUCCACUUCUCAAAUUACAAUUACUCCUGACGAAGCCGAUAAAAUUAAAAUGUACAUGUCUAAUUUUCAUUUACCAAUCUCUCAAUAUCCUACAUGGGCUACACAAAUACCAGAAGAAUUAUGGAAAUCUAAACUUUUAGAAAAAAUUCAGCAUAAUUAUAAACCAUAA